GCGCUCCCCGCGCGGCUCCAAGCGCCCCGUCCCGCCGGCGGCCGCGAGACCAGAGCAGCUAGCGAGCCGGCCGCGGCGGUCCAGCGGUCCCCGACCGCAGCGUAGGGGCAGGGCGCGCCGCGAGGAACGGUGCAGCUCGGCGAGGCCGCCCGGCCCCGCUCCGGCAAGGCAGGCGAGCGCAGCGCCACCGGGCCGAGGCGAGCGCAGCGCCCCGAAGCCGAGCGCGCACCACCGCCCGCGCCCCGCGCAGGGGAAUGCGCCCUCGGUGCGCCGGCCAGGGGGCGCCCGCAGCCCGCCCCGGGGGAGGCGGCCCCGUGCUCCCCUGAUCCUUCCCAUGGCCCGGGCUGGGGCCCGGGGCCUCGGUUGCUGACGUGCCCGAAGCCCACGGAACCGGUUAAGCCGCGGCUGCGGCGCCGAGCCCGGCUGAGGCGCAGCAGCGGGAGGGCGCGGGCAGGGCCAUGGCCCCGGGGGGCCUCUAGCGCCGGUCUGCCCAGUGGGAACUGCUCCACCGCCACCGCCGCUGCCUCUGCCCGGGCACUCAGGCCCGGUCACCGCGGAAGAGGUGUCCACAGAGCUGAACCUGCUUCCUGGGCCCUAGGCCCCUCCCACAAUGCCUGUCGCUGACCUCCUCCUCUGGGCUUUGCUACUCACGGCCUGGCCAGCUGCCCCCACCCAGGACUACCUCCCGGCCACACCCCGAGUCCGGCUCUCCUUCAAAGAGCUUAAGGCCACAGGCACGGCCCACUUCUUUAACUUCCUGCUCAACACCACUGACUACCGAAUCCUGCUCAAGGACGAGGACCACGACCGCAUGUACGUGGGCAGCAAGGACUACGUGCUGUCCCUGGACCUGCACGACAUCAACCGCGAGCCCCUGAUUAUCCACUGGGCAGCCUCUCCACAGCGCAUCGAGGAGUGUGUACUGUCAGGCAAGGAUGGCAACGGUGAGUGCGGAAACUUCGUCAGGCUCAUCCAGCCCUGGAACCGAACACACUUGUAUGUGUGUGGUACAGGUGCCUACAACCCAGUGUGCACCUAUGUGAACCGUGGCCGUCGUGCCCAGGCCACGCCGGGAAUGCAGACACAGGUGGCCAGAGGCCGCGGCAGCAGAGCCACGGAUGGCACCCUCCGCCCGACGCCCACAGCCCCACGCCAGGAUUACAUCUUCUACCUGGAGCCUGAACGACUCGAGUCAGGGAAGGGCAAGUGUCCAUACGACCCCAAGCUUGACACGGCCUCUGCCCUCAUCAAUGAGGAACUCUAUGCCGGCGUGUACAUCGACUUCAUGGGAACAGAUGCCGCCAUCUUCCGCACCCUCGGAAAACAGACAGCCAUGCGCACGGAUCAGUACAACUCUCGAUGGCUCAAUGACCCAUCCUUCAUCCAUGCCGAGCUGAUUCCUGACAGCGCCGAGCGCAACGAUGACAAACUUUACUUUUUCUUUCGCGAGCGCUCAGCAGAGGCACCGCAGACGCCAGCAGUGUACGCACGUAUUGGGCGGAUCUGCCUGAAUGAUGAUGGCGGCCACUGCUGCCUGGUGAACAAGUGGAGCACCUUCUUGAAGGCGCGCCUCGUCUGCUCCGUGCCUGGUGACGACGGCAUCGAGACGCACUUCGACGAGCUCCAGGAUGUGUUUGUCCAGCAGACACAGGAUGUGAGGAACCCGGUCAUCUAUGCCGUCUUCACUUCCUCAGGCUCAGUGUUCCGUGGUUCUGCCGUGUGUGUCUACUCCAUGGCUGACAUCCGUAUGGUCUUCAACGGGCCCUUUGCCCAUAAGGAGGGCCCCAACUACCAGUGGAUGCCCUUUUCUGGGAAGAUGCCCUACCCACGGCCUGGCACGUGUCCUGGGGGAACCUUCACUCCAUCUAUGAAGUCCACCAAAGACUACCCUGAUGAGGUCAUCAACUUCAUGCGCAGCCACCCGCUCAUGUACCAGGCCGUGUACCCUCUGCAGCGGCGGCCCCUGGUGGUCCGCACGGGGGCUCCCUACCGACUCACCACCGUCGCUGUAGAUCAGGUGGAUGCAGCUGACGGGCGCUAUGAGGUGCUUUUCCUGGGCACAGACCGCGGGACAGUACAGAAGGUCAUUGUGCUGCCCAAGGAUGACCAGGAGGUGGAAGAGCUCAUGCUGGAAGAGGUGGAGGUCUUCAAGGAACCAGCACCUGUUAAGACCAUGACCAUCUCUUCUAAGAGGCAACAACUAUAUGUGGCCUCGGCUGUGGGUGUCACGCACCUGAGCCUGCAUCGCUGCCAGGCAUAUGGCGCUGCCUGUGCUGACUGCUGCCUCGCCCGGGACCCCUACUGCGCCUGGGAUGGCCAGACCUGCUCCCGCUACACAGCGUCCUCUAAGAGGCGGAGCCGUCGCCAGGACGUCCGGCACGGGAACCCCAUCAGGCAGUGCCGUGGAUUCAACUCAAAUGCCAACAAAAAUGCCAUGGAGUCUGUGCAGUAUGGCGUGGCAGGAAGUGCCACCUUCCUGGAAUGCCAGCCACGCUCACCCCAAGCCACGGUCAAGUGGCUUUUCCAGCGAGAUCCUGGUGACAGGCGCCGAGAGAUUCGUGCUGAGGAGCGCUUCCUGCGCACAGAGCAGGGCUUGCUGCUCCGUGCCCUGCAGCUCAGCGACCGAGGUCUGUAUUCCUGCACAGCCACUGAGAACAACUUCAAGCACAUUGUGGUGCGGGUACAGCUGCACGUACUGGGCCGAGAAGCCGUCCAUGCCGCCCUCUUCCCGUCAUUGGCCGUGAGCGCCCCACCGCCUGUGGGUGUGGGACCUCCCACGCCUCCUUACCAGGAGCUGGCCCAGCUACUGGCCCAGCCAGAAGUGGGCCUCAUCCACCAGUACUGCCAGGGCUACUGGCGCCACGUUCCUCCCAGCCCACGGGAGGCCCCAGGAGCACCUAGACCACCAGAGUCCCAGGACCAGAAAAAGCCCCGGAACCGCCGGCACCACCCUCCGGACACCUGAGGCUGGCUGCUCCUGCCCCAUGAGGAGCCAACCCAGCCCCUAUCCCUUUUAAUAUAAAAGAUCUAUAUAUAUAUAUAUAAAUAUAUAAAAUAUCUAUAUUCUAUACACAUCCUGCCCCGUCAAAGACAGUAUUUAUUGGUGGGUUGUACAGAGUCUGCCCCAUCGGCAACAGUGUCCGGAACUCAGACCCGCAAUGGGCAGAGACGGCAGAAAUAUGAGCCUGCUGUCCCAGGCUGGGCAAGGGCCAGGACCAUUCAGUCCCCAGCUCAGCUGCACCUCACUUGCUCCAUGGCUGCUGCCAGAGACCUACAGGACCCAGGGAGGGAGCAAGCCCCACCUUUGGGGGGCAUGGACUGAGUGCCUUGGCCGUACACACCUGCAACCCAUGCUGUGGCCUGGACCUGGCCAUGGCUGCAAGGACUGCUUUGGAGACUGGGUAAGGGGGCUCAGGUGCUCUCAGAUAAGGGAAGAAGGGGCUGCCAUCACUGCCAGACACACCCCUGCCUGGGUUGAGGGCGUUCAGUGGAAGCAGCCCCUUCCCCAGUAUUUAUUCUCUUAUUUAUUGGGGACAGGAGAGGAGCCCUGUCCUGGUGGGACAGUUCUGACAGCUGCUUCCUCCCUGCCCCUCAGACCUGGCUAGGGUGGCCCCACGGCACCUCCACAGCUAUCCUUGUGCCCGCUGAACCCAGGAACUGAAUGGAUAACAGAGGGGCCUGCCAGGGCUCCCCAGUGCUCCCUUCUGCCCACCACUGCAGGCCAUGGGUGUAAAUAGCCCUGUGUGGCCACACAGGGCCUCCAGGUGCCACGCUGCUGCCCAGGCCACAGCUGCCCUUGGGUGCCAUCUUGCUAAUAAACACUGGCUCUGGGACUA